AUGGAGUACCGCAUCAAUGAGCUUGGCCGUUUUCGGAUCCUCCUUGGCGGCCUUGCCGCCUCACUCGCCCUCUCCGUGUUUUACGGUUUCAAUCUUCUCAGUAACCACCUUCAGAAGGAGUACGGCUUCAAUACGAACGACUUGACCACCAUAACAACCACUGGCAUCGUCGUUGGGUUUGUGACGUUCCCUGGGGGCAUGCUGCUCGACUACGCGGGGCCGAUGUGGGUGCUCAUCAUCGCCACCACUUCGUGUGCGCUGGGCGCUCUUCUCUUUGGGCUGACGUUUCAUGGCCUCAUCGCCGCCUCCGUUGUGCGUAUCUCCGUCUUUUGUGCCUUUCUGGACUUUGGGUGCACCUGGUUUGAUGCUGGCUCGCUGAUGGCGGUGCUCGGGAGUUUUCCAAAAACGAGGGGCUUUGUGGUGGCUUUGAUGAAGACAUAUGGUGGCAUCGGCGCCUCCGUGUGCUGGCUGUGA